CUUCUGGGAGCCUCACUCAGCGGGUCCACCUGCUCCGAACGGAGCGGCCUCUCGUGAGCAGUUCUAGAACUCGAUUGUCCAGACUUCAAGAAAGCCUCCUCGGUGCUGUCUUGCUCAUUUCUUCUGCUUCCUGAAGAAUAGGGUCCAGCUCUAAACAAAACGUCUUCUCCCAAAGAUGGUGAAAAGCAGAUUUAUGGAACAAUCCACAAACUUCCAAGGUCUGUCUAGGGACUUGGAGUUUAAAAUGGUAGCUUCCUUUGAGGGGAGGAGAAUGAACAGCCAUGAAACGGAGAGCUGUCAGAACAGAAAAUCUGUGUUAUUUGAGAAGGCAAAUUUUCUACAGGAGAAAACAGUCUACAACGAGCUCAAGGAUGGAAGAACUGCGGAGCACAUUUUAAGGGAACCCUGCUGGACAUUCAGUACCAGGAAACAUUUACUAGUUAAGGAUGUGCUGCGACAGAAGGAGAGUGCGUUCACCGAAGUGAGAAGGUCUGUAGAGAAAAUCAAAGAGGCAGAACAAGGCAAUAGGAAGGCUGGUUUGGAGAAAGCUGCAGUCCAGUGUUCCCCUGGUAGCGCAUUCUCCUUUGUGUGGCCCAACAGCAUUGCUGAGGAACCCAAAAGUGCUUUCAGCAAACCAGCUAAGUGCUGGGAAUACGGAGGGGCUCUGGCUGCUUUUCAACCUCUGAAGGGUAUCAAGGAAGGAAGCCCAAGGAAAUUGUUGGAAUGCAUCACUGCCACUGACCUCAUGCCGUACAGUGGCCACCUCGCUUCCGGGUUCCUAGUAAGUGAUUCAGACGGUUUCCAGCUGCUGUCGACCAACCUCAUCCAGAGCAACCCAUUUGCUUUCUCUUCAGCUCUGUGGCCAAAGGAAGCACAUGAGCAGAUGCAGGCCACCCCUGCUUCCAGCUGCAGCCUCUCCUCCUCUGCCUCCUGGGCUCUGCUGCCUCCCACUUUUGCCCCUCUCAGUGUAGCAGCCCAGAACUGGUGUGCAAAGUGCAGCCUCUCCUUCCACAUGACAUCAGACCUUGUGCUGCACAUGCGUUCCCAUCACAAAAAGGUUGAGGUCUCAACAGAAUCCCAAAGGAAAAGGAGGCGGGAGGAAAAGCUGUCUUGUCCUGUUUGCCAGGAAUAUUUUAGAGAAAGACAUCAUUUAUCUCGGCACAUGACUUCGCACAACUAGCCUGCAGAUGUAAUGGAUGUCUACUUGUUGGAUAUGUUUGUGUGCAGAUGUUGAUUAAAUUCCAUUGUGGUUUUACUGCAUUUAACCAGAAUCUUUGAAAGGCAGCAUUUUGUAGAAACGUUCAGAAGAAAUGUAAUUACAUGAGCUCCAGAUAGCUCAAGUUCUGAAAAUGAAACUCUGCAAAUACACUUAUAAGGAAAUAAACAGCGACAUGUAAAGAGAAAAGUUUUGCUUUCUGCAGUUCCAUUUUUUUCACUCUAAAAUAUGAAAAUGUUGAUAAUUUUUUUCUUUAGUAAUUUGAAGCAGCAACUUUUUCCAUGUCAGAGCCAUUGUGGAAUGAA